GGUUGCGGGACUGAUGCUCUGCGCCUUCAUCCAGCUGCAGCGUCCCAAAGCGCAGGGCAUUAGCGAUGGCGGAGAUGCAGUUACACCGCUUCACGACACCGGUCUGCUUCGGUUUAUCCAUCGGAACAAUUCUAACGCCGUGUACGCACGAGCGCGACCGUUAAUAUUCAAAUCUGGGAACAGCUAGCACGCUAAUAACGGUUUCUGACUAACCUCUGCGUUAUUCUGAGGAAGGGUUAAACGUGUGGGUGUUUUGUCCCAAUUUAGGAUUUUCCUCGUGUUCUUGAAUUUGGAAAAAUAAAAAACAAACAAAAAACGACCCUUUUUUGGAAUUCUUUACGCGUACGAGGAAAACCCGAUAGCAUUUUAGCUUCCAGGGGAUUUUGGUAGUAAAGAAGCGCUCGUGCUCGUAUCGCUCGUGCUCCUAUUCAGCCUUGUAGUAACGCUAUAUAACCUUCAGGUUCUCGUCAAUGACAGCUAAUACAGCUAGCUCGGUGUGUUAGGCGAUAUUUACAACUGUUAUUGAUUGAAUUAGUCUCAUUUAACGGAGGGAUGAGAGAGGAAAUAAAGGAGGAAAGGACGAAUUACAGGUACUUCUUAACAUCCGGUGGGACGCGUUUGACUCUCAUCAGUAGCUUCAGGUGUCGAGGUUUUGACAGUCGGUCGUUUUAGUACAGAGCUACUUAUUCAUUUAUUUCUCCAUUAAGCCAGGUUUUUAAUCUUUCGGUUAGUAAAUAAAAUCAUAAACAUGGCCUCUGGAGCUGCCAGCAUCGCCGCCGCCAUCGCCAGCAAAACCAAAACGAAGAAAAAACACUUCAUGCCGCAGAAGAAGAAGCUUUUCCGCUCCAGCGACCCUCUUCUCAGCGUGCUGAUGUGGGGGGUCAACCACUCGAUAAAUAACCUCAGUCACAUUCAGAUCCCUGUAAUGCUGAUGCCUGAUGAUUUCAAAGCCAACUCCAAAAUCAAAGUGGACAAUCACCUCUUCAACAAAGAGAAUAUGCCAAGCCAUUUCAAGUUUAAAGAGUACUGCCCGCUUGUCUUCCGAAAUCUGAGGGAAAGGUUUGCCAUCGAUGAUCAGGAGUAUCAGAACUCUCUGAUACGAAGUGCGCCGAUCCCAAGCGACGCUCAGGGCCGUAGCGGCGCACGGUUUCACACCUCUUACAACAAGAAGUACGUCAUCAAGAUUAUCACCAGUGAAGAUGUGGCUGAGAUGCACAACAUCCUGAAGAAAUAUCAUCAGUAUAUAGUGGAGUGUCAUGGCAACACACUUCUGCCGCAGUUCUUGGGCAUGUAUCGCCUCACGGUGGAUGGAGACGAGACAUACAUGAUCGUCACGCGAAACGUGUUCAGUCCCCGUCUACCUGUGCACAAAAAAUAUGACCUGAAAGGGUCCACAGUGUCCAGAGAGGCUAGCGACAAAGAAAAGCUACGCCCACCUGAAGAUGGAGCUCCAGCCAAAUCUCGCAUGAGCCAAAAGCUCCAAACUAUUCGGAUCGCCACACGCUUUUACUGCGCCAUCAGACACACUAAGGAGCUCCCAACAUACAAAGACAAUGACUUCAUCAACGAUGGACAGAAGAUCUAUAUAGAUGAGGAGAACAAGAAGAUGUUCCUGGAGAAGCUAAAGAACGACGUGGAGUUUCUAGCCCAGCUGAAGCUAAUGGACUAUAGCCUGCUUGUUGGACUCCACGAUGUGGAGCGUGGAGAACAGGAACAGCCAGAGGAGGAGAUCGAGGAGAACGAAGGAGGAGAGGAGGAGGGAGCCGAGAGCGAUGGAGGAGUGACCGGGUCUCCACCUGAGAGUCCCAGCAACACACUUGACAGCAACAAGCCACUGGGGCCUGGAGAGUUUGAUCCCAGCGUGGAUGUCUAUGCCAUACGCAGUCACGAGAAUGCCCCUAAAAAAGAAGUGUACUUCAUGGCAGUAAUCGACAUCCUCACACCAUACGACGCUAAGAAAAAAGCAGCACAUGCAGCCAAGACAGUGAAGCAUGGGGCUGGAGCCGAAAUCUCGACGGUUAAUCCAGAGCAAUAUUCCAAAAGGUUGUACGACUUCGUCACCACCAUUCUGUCCUAACCGUUGCCUGAGAUCAGCAUCAGGAGUUUAGGCCUCCAGCCUAACGUGAGGCUUUUAACUCGAUCCUUGGACAUUAACUAGAGCUGUCUGUUUACAGUUGUUUUUCUUUUCCUUUUUUUUAUUUAAUUGAUACAUGAAUUAAUAAAUAGGUUUAUGGCUGUGGAUGGACAAACAUAUAGCUGUGCGUUAUACUGUGCUGUACAUCUGUAUUAGAUAUCGUUGCCUGGGAUGUUGAGUGAUGUUUUUGUGUGUAUAUGUGGAAACCUCAAAGCUGCUUUUUACUUCUUAAUUCUGUCUUUGUUUACUGCAGGAAGACAUUAGACACGGCCACCUUUCUGCUUUUACACUUUAGCCACCCUGUAACCAUAACAAUGCUCCUAGCUUGUAUCCUCUGGCUUGCUCGCUAGAUUAUUCUUUGAUGACAAGGUUGUUCGACUUCAAGAUAUUUUGAGCUGUGACACAUAAUGUACUGGUGAACAUCCGAAAAAUAGACACAGUUAUUUUUAUUUGACAAAGAAGCAUUUGCUAGUCAGCAUGUCGUAAUUCUCUUUAUAUAUUCGCUCCGUGACCGCGUCCCGUAGGCUUACAUAUGAAAUGUUGCACUGGUAAUUUUACGACAAGUGUGAAAGCAGCCUGAAGAGGUUUUUUCAGUCAGGGAUCUCACGCUGACAGCACAAAUCAUUACCUGUAACUGCAACUACUGCUUUUUGGUAUCUAGAGAUUGGUAUAACCGCAUUCAAAAUUAUAAAUCCAUUGUGGAUUGUUUUUAAUCUUCCCCUAAGCACUUGUGCCCUUUAGAUAAAGAAAUAAUGAGAUUUUGUAGUCUAUUUAGAUUCACCACUGGCGGCAGAGUUUAUUCUAGAGAAGCUGAGUAGAAAACCUAUAAAAGUCAUUUGCACAUGAUCUACAGCAGCAGUUCUCAUAAAUUUGAAACCUCUUCGUUAGUUAGAUCAGGAAGAGGAGAGCGUUCAGGGCUGGAUUCGAGACCCGCUGAUCUACUGCACCAAAAUAUUUAUGCAAAUCAUGCCACUUUUACCAGUGACUCGAGAGUUAUGCAAUAGUACUGAGACUGUGGUGAGAUCUUAGAGGGAAACUCCACCCUGAAGCACAUCCUAAAUAUGUAUAGAAGUAAUUAUUUGUCAGGUGUUUCGAGAUCCUGGUGCUAUUUGGUUAGCUGAUGCCUUCUGAGAUCUUGUUAAAUACAAAGUUGCCAAAACAGAUACUUUAUUCUUUCAGUGUCAUAUUAAUGUGGAGUCCAACAAAGAGGUAGCAAAGACUUUACAGUAAAAAAAAAAUCAAAAAUGCAUUACGCAUUACAGAAACCCAGCUCAGCUAAUUAACGAUCUGCGAGAUGGCGAGAUGACAAGGCGACGGCAUGGACGGCAAUUCUGACAUGAAAGCUUAUUUUAGAAACUGACCUGUUUGAUGAGGAGGUGAGAGAUCCGGACAGACUAAAGGAUUAAAGUGUCACCACAUUGCUCUCUGUAGAAAGAGGGCUAAGUCCCACUGGACACCUAUUAGCAUAGCAUUGUGGGUAAUAUAGGAAACUAUUCAACGACACCAACAUAGAACAAUGUGUCGAUGGAAGAAAUGUACAAUUUAAUUUAUACACAUUAAUAUGCAAAAUAUUCAGGGUGGAUUUUUCUUUUAAGCUCUGUUUCACUGAAUUAGACCAUAGAAGGAAUAGAGAUUUUAUUAUUAUUAUUAUUAUUAUUAUUAUUAUUAUUAUUAUUAUUAUUAUAUUUGCACAUUAGCAUUUUUUAUUGUUUUGUGUUACUAAUUGACAAUUUAUUUAUGUUUUUUUUUUGCAGCAAUGCAUUUGUGCAGGUUUAAAAUUUAACAUGGACCGUUCUUUCAGUAGGAAUGUUGUUAUAAUUGUUGUUUGGACAUUUUUAUGCUUAACUUUUAAUCUGCACUGAAAAAAAGAAGAAGAAGAAGAAGAAUUUUCUUACAGCUUUCCGUCUUGCCCUCUGCGUCCCUCAAAAGCCUGUAACUCAGUUAAACCUUAGUAUUAUAUAAAAACGUAGAUCUCGUUGUGUUUUCUUUCUUCCAGAAUAUCGUUAUGACACUAAGACCAUCUGCCCAUAUAUCUCAUCAAUUUACACUGUGCAAGAGUGUGCCUUUUUUAUCUCGGGAUCUUUUCAUUUUGUAUUUAAAUCUCCGGUUGUUUGCAGAUGUUCUUUUCUAUAACGGGACAAUUAAUUAGGGCGAAUCCUGAGGCGCUUUUGCUCUUCCUGUGACGUGUAAAUAUAUUAGUAUAAAAUAUCUAAUGACCGAAGGUCGUCGCGGACGACUUCAGAGUUAAUCCAGCAGUUGUGUCUCAGUGUUUGAUAUUAAAGUGCGAUGUUUCUUGUGCAGCUUUUGAAAGAGAUAUUUUGAAGGUAUUCAAUGUACAGUGCUGGUCUUUUUCCGUGUAUAUUACUGUCAGUGGAUCUGAUUUCUUUGCUACAGAACGAAAGACUAUAAGCCAUGCUGUACGAUUUUUAAGGCAGAACUUUUUAUCCAUGAAAGUUACAGACCUCCGUGUGGACUUUGAACCGCUGCCUGAUGUCUGUUUCUAACAUUCAAACCACACUCACUCUACUGUACAAAGAUAUAUUUUACCCCCCAUGUGUUUUCCGAUGCAAAAACCUCUCCUGAAAAUGAUCAGUUACACUUUGUCUCAGUCUCUGAUCGUAAUAAGUGUCAAAGGACAGAUAUAUGGAAAUGCUUCCAGUGUGAAUGAAGAAAGGAUAAAAGGACAAAACCCUUUAAGAGAACGCUGUGAAAGACACACGGUAUGACACGACCAGCCGUCUGCCUGCUUGUCAUCGCUGUUGUUAAUCCUGUCAUGACUGUGUGCAGUUUUUUCCAUGUAUGUGUACAGUGUUUUGAGACACUCGAACAUCAGCAUCGCUUAAUAAAAUGAUGCUUUACUCAA